CUCGAAAGGCCAGAUCUUACAACAGCCCGACAACUACAUGCAAGAAACUUGUGAAGCCGAUACACCUCGAGUAUCAUCGAUAUGCACCCACCAGUGUGUUGUCUCGUAGUGUUUGAUCUUGCAGUUUAGAGUUGUUAUUUGCUGGAAGGAUAGCAGCUUAAUCCCGAGUACUUCGAGUAAGGGCACGUAUCCCGAGCACACGUACUCCACGACACACAACCCCGUAUUGUUUCCCAACGCUGCGCAUCGUUCGCAGCUUCUACCACACACAUCCACCUUCCCUACGUCGCCAGAUAUCAACAUUCUCUCCAACCAUUUGCAGUCACUUCAUAAACAGCCCCCGGCGCACUCGCCAUCGCCAUCGCUAUGCGCAUCCUCACCAUCUGGAGCCUGCUCUCGGCGGCAACACUCGCUGCAGCAGGCACACAUCACCUGCCCGCGCGCAACUACACGACCCACGACUACUAUGCCGUCCACCUCUCGCCAUCGGCGUCACCCACAGAGCUCGCGGCGCACUUGGGCCUGACAUACGAGGGCCCCUUUGGCUCGCUCGACCACCACCACGUCUUCAAGGCGCCCAAGCACGACCACGACAUCGUAGAUGACGCACGACAGGAGUUGAAGAGGCGGCGGCGGAAGCGACAAGUGGGAGACGAACACCACCCCCUCGACCACAUUCGCUUCACCCAGAAGCAGAAGCUCAAGCCACGGCAUUGGAAGCGCAAUGUCAUACCCAAAGCCAAAGCCCUCCCAUCCGUUGCCGACGCCAUCAAGCAGCAGCGCGAGGCCGCCAAAACCCUCGACAUCCACGACCCCAUCUUCGAGGAGCAGUGGCACAUCUUCAAUGUCAAGACGCCUGGAAACGAUAUCAAUGUGACGAACGUGUGGAUGCAGGGCUUCACCGGCAAAGGCGUCACUACGUGCAUCGUCGACGACGGCCUGGACUACGACAGCGCCGACUUGAAGGACAACUUCUUCGCCGAGGGUUCCUACGAUUUCAACGACCACGAGAACCUGCCCACACCAAAGCUCUCCGACGACCGACACGGCACACGCUGCGCUGGAGAAGUCGCCGCUGGGCGCAACAACGCGUGUGGUGUUGGAUUGGCCUACGACGCGAAGAUAUCCGGCGUGCGCAUCCUCUCCGGCGAGAUCACCGACAUGGACGAGGCGCUCGCUAUAAACUAUGAGAUGCAGAAGAACGACAUCUACUCGUGCUCGUGGGGACCUCCCGACGAUGGCAAGACGAUGCAGGCUCCAGGCAUCCUCAUUGAGAAGGCUAUGGUCACUGCGGUUCAGCAAGGGCGCGAUGGAAAGGGCUCUAUAUAUGUCUUCGCUGCAGGCAACGGCGCAUCGAGCGACGACAACUGCAACUUCGACGGCUACACCAACAGCAUCUAUAGCAUCACGGUUGGCGCAAUCGACAAGAACGACCAGCACCCCUACUACUCGGAAGCCUGUUCUGCCCAGCUCGUAGUGACGUACAGCAGCGGUGGUGGCGAUGCAAUCCACACCACAGAUGUCGGCGCAAACAAGUGCACUGCGCAGCAUGGAGGCACUUCGGCUGCGGGGCCUAUUGGAGUGGGCGUGUUUGCGCUCCUCCUGCAAGCUCGCCCCGAACUCACAUGGCGCGACGUGCAAUGGCUUACCGUCCUGACGGCUGUGCAAUUCGAAGAGACGAGCGACUGGCAAAAGACGGCCCUGGACCGCAUGUUCAGCCAUCAAUACGGAUACGGCAAACUCGAUGCCUGGGCCAUUGUCGAAAAGGCCAAGGACUGGAAGCUCGUCAAGCCCCAAGCCUGGUUCUGGUCGCCCUGGAUGCACGUCAAGAAAGACAUCCCCGAAGGCACCACAGGGCUCGCCAGCACCUUCGAGGUAACAGCCGACAUGCUCAAGGAAGCAAACUUCGCGCGCGUCGAGCACAUCACCCUCACCAUGAACGUAAAGCACCAGCGCCGCGGCGACCUGAGCGUCGACCUCAUCUCGCCCGCAGGCAUGGUCUCGCACCUCGCCACCGCGCGCCGCGACGACACAGACGUCUACGGCUACGCAGACUGGACCUUCAUGUCGGUCGCGCACUGGGGCGAAGCAGGCGUCGGAAACUGGACCGUCCUCAUCAAAGACACACUCCCCAACAACUCAAAAAAGGGCGUCUUCACAGACUGGAAACUGCGCCUCUGGGGCGAAAGCAUCGACUCGUCAAAGGCGAAACUCCUCCCCAUCCCCACCGAGCACGACGACGACGACCACGAUAAAAUAGACGACCACCCCGCGCACGAAACUAGCGUGUCUAUCCCAACCGGCACCCGACCAACAAUGACAGCCGUCCCAUCAGACCACCCCGACCGCCCCAUCAACCAGAAACCCUCACAAACCCCCUCCCCCUCCGCCCAAACCACAGCCUCAGAAUCCGCAACCCCCACCUCCGCAGCAGAAAACUUCCUCCCCAACCCCUUCCCCACCUUCGGCGUCUCAAAACGCACGCAAAUAUGGAUCUACGGCGCCCUCAGCCUAAUCCUGAUCUUCAUCGCCGGCCUCGGCGCGUUCCUCUUCGUCGCGCGCAGGAAACGCAUGCGCGAUUCCCGCGACUCGUAUGAAUUCGCGGUGCUGGAUGAUGUGGAGGACCGUGAGGAUGCGGGGAUGUUGGCGGGUGGGGCGAAGAAGAGGGCGAGGAGGGGGGGCGAGCUGUAUGAUGCGUUUGCGGGGGAGAGCGAUGAGGAUUUGCUUAGUGGGGAUGAGGAGGGGGAUGAGGGGCCGUAUCGGGAUCGGGAGAGGGGGGGGUUUAGUGAGAAGGGGAGGGGGAGGGGGGAUAGUGGGGAUAGUGGGAGUGAGAGUGAGGGGGGGAAGAGGCAGUAG